UCUGCCACUUCUCUAUUUAGCAUUCUCUUCUUUUCGUCAAACAGUUCAUCAACUUCACAUUAAACACAAUGUUACACGAACUUGAAUAGCUGACCUGGAUAUUAUAGUUUCUUAAACAUAUGCUUCUAUUGAAUUCUACCUUCUGAAGCAUAAGGUAGUAGAGGAGCGUUACUAUCAAAUUCUAGACCAGUGAUGGACUGCAACAAAGAAGAGGCGAUCAGGGCUAGAGGGAUUGCCGAAAAGAAGAUGGAAAAUAGAGAUUUCAUUGGAGCUAAAAAGUUUGCAUCUAAAGCCCAGGAGCUCUUUCCUAAUCUGGAGAACAUUGAGCAGAUGGUUUUGGUUUGUGACGUGCAUUGCUCUGCGGAGAAUAAAACUUUUGGAAAUGAGAAAAACUGGUACGAUAUUCUUAAAGUGGAUCCAACAGCUGACGAUUCUAUUAUCAGGAAGCAAUACCGCAGGUUAGCUCUCUUGCUACAUCCUGAUAAGAACAAGUUCCCUGGUGCAGCUGAUGCCUUUACGCUGAUUGGUGAAGCUCAAAUGGUGCUUUUGGAUCGAGAAAAACGAAUGUUGUAUAACAGUAGGCGCAUUCCUUCAGGAAGAUCUCAAGUACCAAUGCAGCAAACAAGCUGCGGCCAGCCAGAUAUCAGGUCACAUCCUUGGGUACAAAACAAGUUCAGUGUCAAAUCAGAAUUCAUGAAUCAGCACGGCACUCAAUCAGGAGUGCCUAGAAGCCAACCAACUUUUUGGACUGUAUGUCCAUUCUGUUCUGUUAAGUAUAAGUAUUAUAAGACCAUGUUGAAUAAGCUUUUGUGGUGUCAGAACUGUAAAAAGUCCUACACAGGUCAUGAAGUAAAUGCUUCAGAUGCAACACCAGAAACCAAUAGGAGUCAGCCUGCUUCCAAGAAGAAUGGUACAACAAACCAAGAUCAUGUUAAAGAUAGCUCCCAAUACACUCGUAUGAGCUCUGCAACCAUGAGAAGUUGUCAGAAGAAGGCUGCUGAUGAAUUUAUACAGUCAGAGCUUCCCUCAGAGGUUGGUCAGGAGUCUAAUGGCAACGGAAACUCAGAAAAUGCAUAUGGAAAAAUGAACGAGGGCUUAUCAGGGGAAUAUAAAAGGAAAAACACAAAGAGAAAGAAGAUAUCAGCAGAAUCUAGUGAAAAUUGUGAUUCAUCAACGAGCAUAGAUUCUGAAGACGAUAUAAAUAUUGAAGAGUGUGAUCAUCCGCCUAGGCAGAACUCUCAAUGUCUCAGUGAGCAGAACCGGCGAAGAUCUACUCGGUCUAGACAGCGUGUCACUUACCGUACGAGUCUAAGUGGUGAAGAAGAAGACCCUUCGGCUCAAAAUUUGUCUGAGGCAGCAACUUCCAAUGGGGAAAAUAAGAAAUUAAAGGAAAGUUUUUCCUCUGAAGAGUACUUGCCGAACACAGAGCAGGAAGCUGAGAAUGCAAAUGCAAGAGCGGGUGUACCUGAAAAAGGCGGUGGACAAACCUUUGAUCUUCCCUCAGAUCUAGGGGCUUCUAAUAUGACUGAGCCAGAAACGUUUGAAUAUCCAGACCCAGAUUUUAGUGAUUUUGAAAAGGAUAGGGAGGAAUCUUGCUUUAAGGUUGGACAAGUAUGGGCUGUUUAUGAUACUCUGGAUGCCAUGCCGAGAUUCUAUGCAGUCAUCAGGAAGAUUUUCUCUCCUGCGUUUAAGUUGCACAUUACUUGGUUAGAGCCCGAUCCGCUGGAUAAAAAUGGAACCAAAUGGCUAUCUGAGGGCUUUCCAGCUUCUUGUGGUAGGUUCAAACUGGGAAACUCAGAAUUCGCUGAAGAUCAUCCUAUGUUCUCACAUUUGGCAUGUCCAAAAAAUGAAAGCAGCUGUUCCAAUACGAUGAAGAUAUUUCCACGGCAAGGAGAAACUUGGGCGAUCUUUAAAGAUUGGGAUAUGAAAUGUUAUUCUCAUAUUGAGAGCAAGAAAAAGUACAAUUACGAGUUUGUUGAGGUGUUGUCAGACUAUGCUGAUGAUGUUGGUGUUCAUGUUGCAUACUUGGGUAAAGUAAAAGGCUUCACUUGUCUUUUUCAUCGAGCUGCAAAAAAAUUAGGGGAAAGGGGCCAGUUUCUAAUUCCUGCCAAGGAGAUAUUUAGAUUCUCUCAUAGAGUUCCUUCGUUUAAGAUGACAGGCAUGGAGAGGAAUAAUGUUCCUGAAGGAUCCUUCGAACUAGACCCUGCUUCUUUACCCAUUGACCAACUAGGCAUUUCUGUGUCUGCAGAUCUUGAUGUCGAGCAUGGGAAUGCAUACAAUGAUGUCUCUUGUCCUAGAUCUCCAGCAAAGAGGGUGAGACAAGAGGCACCUUCUUUGCCAAAAUCAAACGCAGGGUUUGAAGACUAUCCGGUUUCUGCAAUUAAUUCAGAACCGAUGGAGAAGUUUGAUAAAGAUACAUCAACUGUAGACAGGAUGGAACGACGGGAUGCUAAGCCUCACGGCCUUUUAUCUCCUGCAGAUGGGGUGGAAAUGAAGCUAAAAUCCGAAGGAGAUACAUCUUCUGUUGAUCUGAAGGGGAAAUCUGAAGGAAAUGCACAUCCUGCUGAUAGACGAUCCAGAAUUAACAUAAGAAAUAAUUUUUCCUUAGACCAAAGAGAGACAGCUAACCGUAUGACGUACAAUCGCAUGAGUUUGGUAAAUUCUGCAGAAAACUGUGUUGUAUCAGUAGCUAAUGAGGUUCCUGAACCCGAAUUCUACAACUUUGAUGCUGAGAGAUCAGAGGAGAAGUUUCAAGUUGGUCAAUUUUGGGCAAUUUACAGUGAUGAAGAUGCCAUGCCGAGGUACUAUGGCCAGAUACAGAAGAUAGAUCCUAUCCCUAAUUUUAUGUUGCAUGUGGCAUGGCUUUAUGCCUGUCUGCCACCGAAAGGCAUAAUACAGUGGCGUGAUAAAACAAUGCCAAUUGGUUGUGGAAUGUUAAAGUUUCAAAAUAGAAAGCUGCACAAAUAUACGGAAACCAAUGCUUUUUCGCAUCAAGUAGGAGCACAAUCUAUGGAGAAGAAGGGUGUCUACAAGAUCUUCCCCAGAGCAGGUGAAGUUUGGGCAGUUUAUAAAAACUGGAGUGCUCAGCUGAAAUGCGACAAACUGGAAGAUUGUGAGUAUGAAAUUGUUGAAGUUGUGGAUGUUACUGAUAAGUACAUAUCCGUAAAGUUCUUAAUACGGGUAAACGGUUUCAAGUCUGUCUACAAGCCUCAAGUGAAAGAAGAGGCAAAUGGAACAGUGAAAAUAUCUCUAGCCGAGCAACUCAGGUUCUCUCAUCAAAUUCCUGCUUUUCGCCUGACAGAAGAGAGAGGUGGCAUCGUGCGAGGUUUCUGGGAGCUCGAUCCAGCAGCAAUGCCUGUUUAUUUACUUUGUACAGACUGAACAGAGGCGACGUGAAGCAGCAUUUAGCUUCUCUUUAUUUAUCCUAUCCCAAAAUGUGAAGAUAUUUGUACAGGAUGGUCAUGCUUAUUAACUUAUCUUUUCUUAGUUUAUAUCCUAGCCCCAAAUGUGAAGGGUUUUGCACAGGAGUUAGUUUAUAUCUCUGGAUACAUUUGCUGAAAUGCUCCCCAGGCUAUGCCUUUGCACUUAUUUUAAUAGUCUUUGUUUGAACUGAUAUAGCUUUUGUGAACAGCUAAAUUAUGAGUAAUGGUUGCUCAUUGCCUUGUUACCAGUUGAAUGUUAUGU